AUAACAAGGUUGUUUCAGUGUUUCGCAUCGGGUCGUUCUUCCGAACUCGAUUAUCCGCCAAACUCAAAUAGUCUUGCUAAUUCCGAAGUUUGUCGCGUAAUAUAGUAGGCACUAGAGGGUUAACGGUGGUUUAUAUUAUUGCUAGCGGAAAUAGAUUUGUUACCUUUUGAUUUAAAAGUAUUAUGUAAAUCUACUCGACGCUUAAGUAUCGUAGCUGAUACCUCAAUAAUAUCAGUUACUGUCUAUAGACAGUAACUGAUAUUAUUGAGGAUUAGCUAAUUCGCUGGUAAUAGCGAUUUUCACUUUCAAUAUCUGGUUAGUAAGACGAUGAGUGACCUGUAUUUUCUCUGGCGAUUAAGGUUCCACACUUCAUUCAACCCUCCCUUGAGCACCUCAAAAUGCUGAGUUUCACAUGUUGAUGUAAGCAGUUCCACCUAGAGCUUCAUCUCAACCAGUACUGCAUCCGGCAUUCAGCUGACAAUUUACCGGUUCUUGUCUUGUGAACUUUUCUGGAGCGUCCUCGCAUGUUCUAUGUUUUUAUUAGACGAUAAAAAUUGACUAUAUCAUACACAAAGUCAAUAAGUACUAUCAGGAAUUCCAUGGGAUUAUGGAGAUUACAGAAUUUCAUCUAAAUAAUGAACCGAUUGACAUCAAACUGCUGUUGAAAGCCCGAAAGGGCUAUACGUCUGUUUCAUUCUAGUGCGGGAAUCCUAAGCAGUAUGCAUAUACUAUUCCACACGCGAGACUCAAACACAGGGCCUUCUGUUUCCCAAUAUCGUAGAUCGGUUAAAGUUAGACAUUAACGCCAUUGGAAGCCGGUUCAAUAGUUUAGAAGUUAGGUGUUUGCGCGGGACCAAUAAUGUAUGACUUAUUUAUCAUACAAAUUCGAAACCAAAAAGCCUCUGCUUUCCACAAAGCAAUACAAAUGUGUCGGAGUUUGUAGCAUCUCAUUUUUAUCGAACGCUUACCAUCAGUCAUAGAGUUACUUCCUAAUUUGUUCACUAAAUUUCAGUCUAUAGUUAUUUUCUUAUAUACUUUAGUUCACAGGUUUUUCGAAUCAUUUGGAAACUCCCUAUAUUCAGUUACUGACCCGUGUAUCUACAAAGUAAUUUUACUGCAUUGGAAAUGGUUGACCUAAGUGAAAAGGAUCUUAAUGAUGUUCACGAAAUGUUUCUACUAUUUGACACAAAAGGAGAUGAAAAAAUCGAGGCGAAAGAUAUUGGUGAAGUUGUGCGUGCAAUGGGUCUAAAUCCAACAGAGUCGGACAUCGGAAAAUAUGGCUAUCAAAAUAAUCCAAACGAACGUAUCAGUUUCGAGUCAUUUGUUCCCAUUUAUCAUGGUUUAUUAAAAGAACAGGUGGAAGUGGAUCAGGAAACAUUUAUUGAGUCGUUUCGUGUAUUUGAUAAAGAAGAUAAUGGGUUAAUUAGUGCAGCUGAACUAAGACAUUUACUAACAGCACUAGGUGAAAAACUACGUGAUGAUGAAGUGGAUGUAUUAUUAUCUGGUUUAGAAAAUAGUCAAGGUCUUGUGCCAUAUGAAGCUUUUGUACAACGUGUUAUGAGUUAAGAACAACCUUCAUUCUGUACCCGUAAAUCAUUAACGUACCCUAUUAAAUAUGUUGAUUUUUGAUAAGUUGUGAAAUAAAUUGUCAGCUUUUUUGAUUAUUUUACAACGUUAAGCAAGUUCUAUAAACGAGCUUAUUGAUUUGUUAUAUAUAUAUAUAUAUAUAUAUAUAUAUAUAUAUAUAUAUAUAUAUAUAUAUA